AAAUCGAAGUGGGUUUCAUUCACUUCAUCCUUCCAAAGUCACUUGAGCCCCAAGUCAUUUCUUCGGUUCUCUCACCAACUCACCAGCGUUACCACCUUACUAGUACUACUGAUCGGACUUCGAAGAUCGGAGGUCGGACAGUAGGAAUUCCCGUUCCGUCAUUGGCCGGAUACACUAUUAGUUCAAUCACUACAGGUUUGCAAUGUCUCGAACUCCAGAUGAAGAUUUAGAAUCUAAGUAUUAUAGACAUCUAAAGAAUGGUGCUUAUAAGGUGAAGGCUUCUAAUUCAACAUAUAGAUGCCCAUUUUGUCUUGAAAGGAGGAAAACUUACUACAAACCACGGGAACUAAGAUUGCAUGCGUAUGAUGUUAGUAGAAGCUCACAUAGAAGGGAUUAUAAAGAGAAAGCUAAGCACUUGGCUCUGGAGGAGUAUAUAAGAAGGUACCAUGAGGAUCGAGUAGAGCCAAGUCCCAAGUUGGAUUCUUGUAGUAGUAAGUUGGAAUAUCGUAGACACGAUCGAUCCGAGUCAAGUAGGAAGUUAGAAUAUCGUACACAAGACCAAACAGAGCCAAGGAGCAAGUUAGAAUGUCAGACACUCGACCUAUCUGAACCCAGUAGCAAGGUAAAAUUUCCUACACUCGACGGAGCAAAUCCCAGUAGCAAGUUAGAAUGUCCUCCAUAUUACCCAUCAAAACUCAAUCCGAAGUUGGAAUGGCGUAAGCAUGAGCAUGAAGAACUACUUGUUUGGCCUCCUAUGGGAAUUUUGGCAAACAUUCAAACUGAAUUGAAAAAUGGGAAACGUGUUGGGGAAAGUGGUUCAAAACUUAGAGAUCAGUUAAUUGGAAAAGGGUUUAGCCCAGUGAAGGUUAUUCCUUUGUGGAAUUUUUUAGGCCACUCAGGAUUUGCAAUAGUUGAAUUUAACAACCAAUGGACUGGUUUUCAGAAUGCAAUCGCGUUUGAGAAGAGCUUUGAAGCUGAUAAUUGUGGGAAAAUGGCUUUCAGGCUUGAAAAGAAUCGAGGGGACAGAAUGUUUGGAUGGGUUGCUCGAGCGGAUGACUUCAAUUCAUCAACCAUCACUGGAAUUCAUCUUCGUAAGAAUGGGGAUUUAAAAAGUGUGUCUGAAAAGGAAGCGGAAGAGAAAAGAAAAGAUUCAAGGCUUUUCGAUAAACUGGCUGAGACCCUAGAAACACAGGCUUCGUCUCUCGAAGAGUGGAAGACCAAGUAUGAAAAGGCCAGCGUUAAGUACAAGAGGAUGGAGGAGAAAAAAGAAAAAAUGAUUGAAGACUUCAACGAAAAAUUAAGAAUAAUGCAACAGGAGAACCAUGAAUACUUAAAAGGGGUUUUGUCGAGGCACAAAAGUGUUAGCCAAAAUCUGAAAUCACAAAUGGAUGAGCUUCUGUCCCGGGAGAAGCAAUUGCAACAACGUGAAUUCAACGAUGAUAGUGAGAGAAUGAAAAUUGAGGAAGAAAAGAAAAUGGUUGAAAAGGCUACUAUGGAGCAAAAUAAGGCUGAAAAAAAUAUGCUCGAUUUAGCAAAAGAACAAAAGAAAGAAAAGGAGGAACUUCGGAAAAAAAUCAUUGAACUGGAAAAACAACUUGAUUCAGAACAAGCUUUAGUGUUGACUAUAGAGCGCAUGAGAGGAGCUUUAGAAGUAAUGAAACAUAUGGGUGGAGAUGAGGAUAUGGAGGUCGAAAAGAACAUGAAAGAGAUUCAAGAACAACUAAAGGAAAAGGAAGAAGAAUAUGAAGCUCUAGAAGACCUUAGCCAAGCACUUAUUGUCAAGGAACGUAGAAGUAAUGAUGAGUUACAGCAGGCUCGUAAGGAGAUGAUAAGCGGACUGAAAGAUUCCUCACAUCGUGCUUUGAUUGGUGUUAAGAGAUUAGGAGAGCUUGACAGCAAACCAUUCCUCCCUGCAGCGGAAAGGAUAUUCUCUGUCUCUGGUGAAGAAGCAGAAAUAAAAGCGUUAGAGCUAUGUUCACUCUGGGAAACCCAUCUCAAGGAUCCUAGUUGGCAUCCUUUCAAGGUUAUGGACAAAGGAGGUAAAACUGAGGAAAUAAUUGACGAAGAGGAUGAAAAAUUGAACAACUUAAAGAACGAGUGUGGUGAUGAAGCUUAUGGUGCUGUGAUCAAAGCCUUGAAGGAAUUGAAUGAGUAUAAUCCGAGUGGUAGGUACAUUAUACAAGAGCUUUGGAACUUUAAGGAGGAGAGGAAGGCACCAUUAAAGGAAGGAGUAGAUUUUAUACUGAGGAAUUGGAGACAGAAUAAACGAAAGAAAAAUUGAAGAUAGCGUCGAAUCGCUUUUGUCUAAGCCUUUUACAGAUUAUUACAGCUACAGCUUGAUGGAAUAGAUAGACCAUGUUACUGGAUUCAUUGAUUCUCUUGCCCUUUUUGAUGACGGAUUGAUUGGACUUUUCAACCCAGGAACCGAUCUACUAUACUAGAUUGGGCUAAAGGAUAGUUGACUUGGGCCUUUAUUGUUCGGCAAUGAAUUUAGAUUGGUGGUCUUGUAGAUCAACAGUGACCCUCCUAUACUCCUUACACUGCAUACACAUAAUGGAUUGACUAGUUUUUUUGAAAAAAAAAGGGACAAAUCUUUACAAAAGGUCGUAGGCAUCUCAUAUUUUGUCAUCCUUCUAUAGAUUUACAUAUCCAUUAUCCUAACCAGUCAGAUAUAUGGCUAAGAACCUCUGUAUUGGAUAACUUUUCAAGUUUAAAAGUCUUGUAGUUUUUAACCGUAUGCA